CUUUCCUUGUAUGAUAUUUUCUUAAUUUCUCUCCGAUCUCCUAGCUUUCUUUUCUCUUCGAUCUCUAGCUUGCCUCUGUUAUAGCUUAAAUUAUAUAUAUGAUGGAAGAAGAAGCUGUCGUGGUGAACCAAGGAGGAGGAGGAGGAGAUGAUGAGCUGAUGGCCUUGCCUCCGGGAUUUCGUUUCCAUCCCACCGAUGAGGAAAUCAUAACUUGCUAUCUCACGGAGAAGGUGGUCAACAGCAACUUCACCGCAACUGCAAUCGGUGAAGCUGAUUUGAACAAGUGUGAACCGUGGGAUUUGCCCAACAAGGCAAAGAUGGGGGAGAAGGAGUGGUACUUCUUCUGCCAGAGAGACAGGAAGUAUCCUACAGGCAUGAGAACGAAUCGAGCAACGCAAUCUGGAUACUGGAAAGCCACCGGAAAAGAUAAAGAGAUCUACAAGCGCAAAACCAACAACAGUAACUGCCUUGUCGGGAUGAAGAAGACUCUUGUGUUUUACACCGGAAGAGCUCCAAAGGGUGAGAAGACCAACUGGGUCAUGCACGAAUACAGACUCGACGGCAAAUUCACACAUUACAAUCUUUCUAAGCCUGCAAAGGAUGAAUGGGUUGUGUGCAGGGUUUUCCACAAGAACAUGGGGCUUAAAAGAACUAGUAGUCCAUUAUCUCCGACUGAUCAAAGCGCUGGUGGCCAGCUGCUAAGGCUCAACUCUUUUGGGGAUGAUUUCUUGGAUUCUUCUUCUUCACUCCCACCUCUCAUGGAUCCUACUCCUUCCUACGACAGGCCUGCAGGCUCCUAUGGCGGCUACCGCUUCGACUAUGGAGAGCACGACGACAACGAUUCCAAAGGAAAAAUCACAGCAGCACCAUUAUCAGUACCAUCAGCUAAUAAAACAACACCAGCAGAUAUGCAAUACUACUUUCAGCAAGUUGGCUCUUCCACUCGUCAGAUCAACUGCUUUCAGCAUCCCAACGCUGCUGCUGCUGCCGCUAGCUACCAAAUGAGUAACCCAAUGGCAACCCCCACCAUGUUAUACCCUCAGAUUCAUCAUAAUCACCAGUUGAUUCCAAACCCUUCCUUCUCUUUUCAGCCAAAUAAUAAUCCUGAUUAUUACUUCCAACAAGAGAUAAGGGGCCCGAGGACUUCAUUCCCAAACAAUCAAGGCUCCUCCUUCGACUUUCAAAGCAGCAAACUUGAUCAUCAGGCCAUUUUAAGAGCAAUGGCUGCAGCUAAAAACAGGAACCACCAGAUUGAAACAUCAGUAACAACAGCAGGCUCAGGAGGCUUAGAUAGUAGACAGUGCAAGGUGGAGCAGUAUUCAUCCAACAACCAGUCUAUGUUUAGCGUCUCGCAAGAUACUGGAUUGAGCACCGCUGACAUGAACACCACCACCGAGAUAUCAUCAUCAGUUGUCUCAAAGCAAGAAAUCGAGGUCGGAAGCAGCAACACAUUAUAUGAAGAUCAUCUUCAAAGUCCAUCCGUUGUCCCUAUUUCGGACAUUGAAGGCUUGUGGGACUAUUGACAUUCAAAACUAAUUACCCUAGCAUCUUGAUUACUGCUCCUAGCUAAUUUCUUCUUCUUUAAUUAUCUCUCUCAAUUCAUAGGUUAAUUCGUAAAAAAUUAGAGGUUAUUGCAUAUACAA